AACAAUUGGACCGCAUCGAGGAGGGAAUGGACCAGAUCAACGCCGACAUGCGAGAAGCUGAGAAAAAUCUCACGGGCAUGGAGAAGUGCUGCGGCCUCUGCGUUUUACCAUGUAACAAGGGAGCCAGCUUCAAGGAGGACGAGGGAACGUGGAGGGGAAACGACGACGGGAAAGUCGUUAACAAUCAGCCACAACGUGUGAUGGACGACCGUAAUGGACUGGGUCCCCAGGGUGGAUACAUCGCGAAGAUCACGAACGACGCCAGGGAGACGGAGAUGGAGGAGAACAUGGGCCAGGUUAACACCAUGAUCGGGAACCUGAGGAACAUGGCCAUCGACAUGGGCAGCGAGCUGGAGAACCAGAACCGGCAGAUCGACAGGAUCAACCGCAAGGGCGAGUCGAACGAGACGAGGAUACAGGUGGCCAACGAGCGAGCGCACCAGCUGCUCAAGUAAACCGGCGAAGCUCGCCGAGCGAUCAGCUGAUUGCAGGUCGCACGCAUCUCCACUAUCUACACGGUGUCGUCCCUUCUUAUCGCCCAGAAUCUUAUUACGCAUUGUUAUUGUUAUAAUUACUAUAAUUAUUGUAAUUGUCUUAUCGUUAUCGCCGUUGCGGGCGCGUGUCGGGGUUGGCGACACCCUGGGGUGCGGCGAAUCCCGACACCGGGGCAAAACUAGCGUUAGGGCGUUAUCGCCGAUAAUCGCCGUUACUGUAUCACCAUGAUUGCAGCUCAGUUAUUUGCCUAAUCGCUAAGUAGCUAGUGCAAGGCCCGAUUGAAUUUAAAGCCGCGUGCACGCUCUGGAAUCCUUGCUAGAGUCGCUCCUGCGCGGCGGCGAUCGACACUCUGUGAUAUAUGUAUAUUAUACGUAUGAUAUACGUAUAUAAUGGGUAUUAUCCCGUGUCUCGAUCCCGCCGGACAGAGGGCAAGCGUCGCUGAUAUCCGCACUAAUUGGAAAGCUGAUACCCCGUCGUUAUGAUUCGUUAGAAAAAAAAAAAAAGAGAAGAAAAAUAUGGAAAACUAGGAAUUAUCUGUCCAGUUAGUACGGAAAUCAGUGGCGAGCGUACAACGAAGUCGAGGAGGGAGAAGUCGGACUCGAAAGUCGAGGAUUAAGAAUCACCACGUGCCCUUGGGAAAGGAGGAAAAAAAUAAAAUAGGGGGAUCUUCGGCACCCGGGCCGAAGAGGAGCGCGGCCGUUCGUUGAAACUCUUCAGCCUCUUCCGAAUCUCUCUUCCCUUUCGCGACCCGAUUGCGAUAGAUCCGGUCCUAGUCAAUAUCGAUACUUCCCUGCGGCUUCUUGCCAAGAUACCCACCCGGCAUCCUCCGAGAAACGGCAGGGGAAAGUCCGAAAAAGAAUUUUCUAACGCUCGCCAGGAAGCUCCUUGCACCUGACACUUUGCUUGACACUAACAGAUUUGCUAAUUCGCGCGGGGCUUGCUCACCUCGGAAUGGUAAAUCGCGAUUUUUCAAGUAGGUUUAAAGGUCUCCUUCGAAUUGCAUCUCCUCGCAGCGCCGAUUUGGGCGUCCAUUUCGAGAGCGACAAGCCUCGCGAGAGGCGAAGAGAAGAGACGAAGACCUGUAACAAGAGGUGCGAAAUGGCGCAUAAGCGGCGUCUCUUAAGGGGAUGUGGAAUCGUCAAAGAGGUCUCAUUAAUGAAACCUCUCCAAGCUGGGUGUACCGAAUCGUUUGAAGCUUUACAAGGUGAACAUCGAGGCUGUAAGGAAGGUCCCGACGCCCAUGAAUCUCAAGGUUUUCUAAUUUAGUCAUAGAUACUCAAACGAUUUUUUUUCAUUUUUUUUUUUAUUAUAAAAAAUGAAAUUUCACGAGUGUCAGGACCUUCCUUACAGCCUCCAUGUUCACGGUGCAAAGUUUCAGGCGAUUUGGCACACCCAGUCCGGAGAUGUUUGGUAAAUGGGACCUCUUUGACGCCGGUUUCGCAUCGCCUUAAGGCAGUACCUGUUUCUCUCGUCAUGUCGUUGCAGAAUUGCAUUUAGCAAGACGCUCCGAGCGGCUGGAAAUAGAUAUCCAUCACGAAUGACGAGCCAGUCGGACCGUUUUGCUGCAUCCAAUUGUGCAACAAUGCGACAAUUGAAAGGCGGUAGAUUUAGGCUGUACGCGAUUAUCGUUACGUUCCGUCAACUUGACCCAUGUCACGUGUCGUAUUCUUCACGGAUAUUCUAUGGCCGCUUGCGUAGGAUUUUAUUAUAAAGCUAGAGUAGCCGCGAGAGUACACGCGUACGGGUACUUACCUCAAUACUCUUAAACGUUUGACACGCGAUAUGCGUAAGCGCGUGCGUGAAGUUGAAGAAAAAAGAAAAGAAAAAAAGAGCAAGGCCCGAGGGAAACGUCCUCGGCGUGCAGUAGUCCAAAGCGGAUUUUUGGAGCGACAGAAAUUUUUUAUUCUAAUCACUUGAUUGAUUACCAACGGAUUUGGUACUCCCGUGAAUACUAUAUUUAACUAAUAUCAAAACGUCAAGGUAUAUGUAUAAAAGAAAAGUUCAGACGUAAGACCGCAAAACGUAUGGGAUUUUUGUCGACCUGGCAAUCCACUUUGGACCACUGUCCGGUGCCUAGGUGAUAACAGUAUUUUCAUCUUCUAUCGAUUAUGAUAUAUCCCAUAGAAACGCCGAGAAAGUAUGACGAAUCCGGCUAAGGUACAGAUAGUGCACGCACGUGCAAUUUCCGACUAGAGCGCGGAUUUCUUUCAAGGAUACUCUCUCUCGAAACUCUCCUUUUUUGCCUCGGAGCAGAGAUCUCCAUUACGGGACGCGGUAUCAGUCCUAGGGCCAAGCCGCGUCUUAGCUGAUAAGCGCGGAUGAUCUUGAAAAUAAUUAUAUAAAUAAAUGACCCCCCUCGAGGUGGGAUUUAUCAGCUGGGCCGCAGCUGGCCGGACCAAGACCACCGAUUUGCAGGUAAAAACUGCAAUAUCACCCGUAAUUAUAAUCCGUAGCACCCCGAAUGAUAAGCACACGUCUUCCGACACUCGUUGCAUCCUACGUGACGUGAGAUAAAUGAGAAUACAGUCGAACCACUCGACGCGCACCAUAUCGGGCACGACGAAUCUGCGCUCUAGCUAACGCAUAUCGUUACAAUAAUUACGAUUGAACUAACAGUGUGUAGGUACCUUAAAGUAAUGCCCAUUUUUAAGUCACACUUGUGUAUGUCCUCGCGUAAGACGCGCUGCACCGCACUGCACCGCGUUACUUGUGUACAGGAGCGAGUCGUGCCGACUGGGUGGCCGGGUGGAUGGAUAUACACAGGAUCUGACAGUAUUCCUUUACAAUAAUUAAUUCCACAGCAUUCCUCGGUGAAAAUGGAAGAGAAAAGUACUAAGCAGUUAUCUUUCUACGAUGCGUGGUUUGGGCGUAAAAAUUCAUUGAAAAACAGACUACCGGACGCGUCGAUCAAGAUCGAUUCGGACUGACUUAUGGAGAAAAAAAAUGUUUAAAAAAUGGUAAAUAUUGCGAUAUGAAUUUCAACGCCACGGUUUACAUUAUUUGGACCUAGGACAGGGUGAAUGGAGCCAUUAGAAUGUGUAUUACAAGGUUUUAUCAUUUUUUUUUUCUUUUUUAAACGUGUCGAGCAGUCCGAAUCGGCCUUAAUCCACGCGCCCGGUUGGGCAUUUUUUUUCAAUUAAUUAUCACAGAUAAAUUACGUAUCGUAGAAAGAUAUAGUAUAAGACUUUUCGACUCCAUUGUCAACAAGGAUAGCGACGUGAAAACCUUGACCAGGAAUUUUGUCACAUCUUGCGUAUACACGCAGAAACACACACACACACAUAGACCCAAAUAGCGAAAUAGCUAGAGGACAGAAAAUAAAAAACGGAGCUAGGGAGAAGAAAGGCGAGAGAGUAUAGAAUAAAUGGAGGAGUGCAGGGCACGAAGAGAAAGAGGGAACAAAGAGUAAUUAGUCCGGAACUAAUGAGUUCCGCAUUGUUGUGCGCGCUUUGUUGUAUUUAAGGGGAGUUUGAUAAAUAAGGGGGACCCAGGGGGAGCGAUUUGUCAUUUAAGAGUUUAAAUACUACGGAGGGGACACAAUUGACAUAGACAAGGCCUGAUAACGAAAGGUGUCUUUACGUUACUUCUUUCCUUCCUCUCGUCUCGUUCUUUCUUUUCUACGGGGGAUUAAGGCGGUACGAAAGUGGCAACUGAGGGGUGCAAUCCUUCGGAUGCGACUUUGACAUUUCCUUAAAACGCGCACGAAUCACCAUAGAGAAGUUCAUACUCCUACCUCAAUUGUUAGCGUCAUAGGACGUACUUUAUCCGUACUUUAUACAUUUAACAUACGUCUAAAAUACGUAUAAAAUACGUCUCUUAACACUAACUGAGGUAAUAAUAAGAAAUAUAGGUGAAUUAUCGUUUCUACGUACGCACGAUUAGUCAAUGCGUUUUUAUUACGGGGUUGCGAUCGUCCUGGCGUAUACCGUAGAGUAUAUAGAUAUAUAUUAUAUACCAUAUAUUAUAUAUAUUAUAUAUAUUAUAUAUGUAAAUCCGCCAUCCGUUGACCAUGCUGGAUCUGGGUUAUACUGGUGCACGUAGGGCACAUUUUGGGAUCGCAAUUGAACCCUCCUCUUGCGAGGAAAACGGUCUACGUACACCGAAACGUAAUAUUCUGUACAUAAUAAUGUAUAUAGGCACAAGUGACUGUGAAUCGCGAAGGCUCACACGACACACACAUUAUGACACACAUCACACCGUUGUUCUAGCUCUCUCUGUUCUCGUCCUAAUGCGCGCCUUUGUCGAAACGGAUGCGAUCGCUUAAAAAAGGAAGGAAGAAAGGGAUGACGAUUAAAUGAUAGGAACUGUUGAGAUUUAUUUUACGAGGAAUUUACACGUGACGCGCAUUCCUCUGUUGAUGGGAGAGUGCGACGCGUAAACGGGGAGGAGAGAGAGAGAGGGAGAUGGAAGAGGAGAUUCGGUGCAAUUGCAACAAUUGUAGAAUUGUAUCGGUUGUCAGUCGAAUAUAUAAAAAGCUGAAAGUAUCAGAGAAAUCGGCGGAAGUUUAACUUCUUAGUUAUGGGAUGUUUAGGAUUUCUUCUUGAAUUUUUUCUUGAAUUUUUUCUUGAAUUUUUUCCUUACCCACCCGUUCGUGAAAUUCAAUAUUUGGCGUAAUUAUAUCUCAAUAAUAUUGUUCAGAGCAUCAUUGGACAAACAUAAAUGUAAAUAGUAAUUGGCUGGAGAGAUUAAAGCAGGUCCUCUUCCUGGUACGGUACUCUCGGUUGACACCUGUGAGUCUAGUACCUUAACGUGAGAAAAACAGUAAUGGCAUUACUCCGAUUUGUUGCGAUUGCACCGGAUUUUCUUAUUUAUACUCCGCAGGUGUGCACUCGACAGGUGCAUAUCCGGAGCUCGAUAAAGUCUCAUUGCACUGUAUAGAGACCUGUAAUUGUACAUUGUAUGCCGAAACGCGGAAUUGUGGCAUAGCUUCCUAUCCGCUUCCCGAAGUGACCAUUACCUUGGAGCGACCCAUAUAUAUGUAUAUGUAUACACACAUGUAUGUGCCUAUAUGUAUAUCGUGCUGGGCUCGUCCCUCGAUAGAUACCUGUAAUUAAUCCGUAAUCAAGUCGUGAGAGCGCUUCGUUUUUCUGUUGAUAAGCCCAUUGUCCGACCGUGCAUCGCAAGGGUUUACUUCCUCUCGGAGAGUCGAUCGAUAGAGAUCGAUAGAGAUCGAUACUGGAUCCAUCACCUCCGAGAGUUUCUCUACCUCUCUUCUAUCUCAUUCCAGACUGUUCAAAUCCGUCUGCGUUACAUUUCAUUGAUAAGAAUCCAUGUGGGUGUUUACAUACGUUCGUGCACAGCUCAUAAUUUAAAUUUCGCGUAGAAUUACGUGAUACGGAUUAUUAGUUAAUAUUUAAUUUAUCAUUACAUUAGAAUUUUCCUUGAAUUAAUUGCCGAUGCGAUAUCAGAGAGACGGUGUAACUUUACCGCAAUUUAUGGUGGCAGUGGAAACACCGAUUUAGGGUGUACAUUUACGUGGGUACUUUUUUAUUUCUUAUCAGUCCAACCCACGACGUUAUCGCUCAGGUCGAAUUUCCUAGUUUCGCCGAGAUGUAUCUUUUUCACCGAUCCUCAUCGUCAUUGUGCGUUUAGUUGGAGCGAGCCUGUGUCUAUAGACUGUGUCAGAGGGAAAGUUAAAAAGUGUGUGCAUGCGUAUCCGAUGCGUGAGUGCGUGAGGGAGGUCAGAGGUGACGGAGUCGAGGGAGAAGCGAAACGUGGGGAGGCGACGGGGACUUUAGCUUCUCCUCCUUAGAUUUUAAAUAUGUGCAACGUAUUUACGACGACGAUCUUACCGACUCGUAGGAUUAAUAGCGAGUUGUUUCCCCGCUACAGACGCCAAUGUAUUUAAUUCUCGAUAAUAAAUAAUAUUAUACGUUAA